AUGUUUACCCCAGUUCUUGUUGCGCUUGCGGGCCUCGCCUCCCAGGCCUCAGCGGAAUGCACCCGAGCAAUGCUCCAGGAGGCUACGGCGGGAUACCUCGCAGCACUGACUGCCGGGACGCCGACCAUUCCGGCUCUGGCGGAAGGCACCGUCCCGUAUCAGGAGAAUGACGUGGUCAUGGACAUUUCGAAGGGCGUCUUGUCCCAGGGCAUCAAGAUCGACUUCAACCGCAGCAUCUACGACACGACCCAAUGCGCCUCGUACACGGAAGUGGUGGCCACCACCGGGCACCCGUACGUCAUCGGCACGCGCCUGGCCUUCACCGACGACAAGAUCACAAAGAUAGAAUCGGUGGUCUGCGACGACGGCGACUGGCUCUUCAAAGCCAGCGGAUCGCUGGACUACAACAAGCGCGAGGCCUGGGACCCCAUCCCCGAGGGCAAGCGCGACACCCGCGAGGUCAUCAAGGCGGCCGGCGACGCGUACAUUGACGCGUGGGGCGACAAGACCAUCAAGCCGCCCUUCAGCCCGCAGUGCGCCCGGCUCGAGGGCGGGUCGUACCUCAGCGGCAACUGCCUGCUGAACUUCCCGCCGCCGUUCAACGUGACGAACCGGAGGUACACCAUCGACGAGGAGCUCGGCGCCGUCGACAUCUUCCACAACUUCCCGUUCCUCGACAACGCCAUCCCCAGGGACCCGGGGACGCAGACGAAUAACUUUAUCAGGGUUGAGUCGGGGCAGAUUCGGUAUAUUCAUGAGAAUACUGUGUGCACGAAGAAGAGCUGCGCGAAGUAG